AAAUAGACUAUAGCAAUAAUUAGACGUGAGAUUAUGGGAUUAGGGGGAUAUUAAGUAUGCACGCGGGUUCAUAACCACAAAACAGAUAACAAGUAAGCAUCAUUAAAACUUCAACAUUCAUAUAAUGUAGCCGCAGAUGCCUGGAAUCGUUCUGCUUGUGUCAGACUGUGCCAUUUCCUGUGCGCAAAAUCGUGCGUAAUUUCGCUUUUAAAGAACAUCUUAAUUCAAUUAACUUCCUAUUUAUUUACUCGACUCUUCUGGGCGAAAGAAAGAAAAAGGAAGAAAAAAACGAGUGAACAGGGUGGGAGCUGUGCUGCUUUAGCCUUUUUACCCCCAGUGUGGAGUUGAAGCCGUCCCUGUGCCUCGCAUACACUCUGCAUAUCACAAGAUAUGGUCUCUCCUCUCUCUUCUCUGGAGCUGCUGUAGGACUGGCUAUGGCCACCACUACUUCCGGGAUCCGUCAUUUCAUUCGCCCACCGCUCAGCGCUGCGAACUGACUCUGUUUCUAUAAGCAAGCUAGCAGCCAACCUGCCAACACUCGCUGACACUCACUCAUCUCAGCCUCGCCAGAUAGACGAAAUACCUACGGGGGAAAGAAGGGAGAGAUCCGAAUCGCAGACUUCUAAUUUCUACACCUUUUUCCUUCUUCCUUUUUUCCUACAGUGAUAAUAAAACAAGAUUGCGAUCUGGAGGCAUUAAAGGAGACGCGGACUUGCGGGAUGAAAAUGGACUAAAAAGAUUCGUCCUCCUCUUGAACAUCAUCACCAACCGUCAUUCAUUCAUUACCUUGACAACCUCUGGCUUUGAUUGACAGCUGGAGUGGCAAAAAGCCAUGAGACACGACAGUUUAGUUACAUGCAGGUUGUUGAUGGGCCGAUUGUAACCUUCACUUUGGCGCAUUUUUUUCUUUUUUUUCUCCAAGGAAAGAAGGAAAACAAGAAAAUUUGCAAAACUUCCCGAUGCUACGAUUUCAACUUAACCAGACUGGCGAAUAGGAGAAUUCGCAAAAGUUGCUUGAAAGAGGAUUCCUGCUACUAAAUCACUUUCUAUCCGGGACUGGGAUAUUAAAUAUACGGACAUAUUCAGGAGUUUAUUGGAGCGCAGCCUGAUGGCGCAAAGGUACGAUGAGCUGGCCCAUUAUGGCGGGAUGGAUGGAGUCCCAGCGUCGAUGUACGGGGACCCGCAUGCUCCCCGGCCGCUUCCCCAGGUCCACCACCUGAACCACGGACCGCCGCUGCACGCCAGCCAGCACUACGGAGCCCACGCUCCGCAUCCAAACGUAAUGCCCACCGGCAUGGGCUCUGCUGUCAACGACGUUUUAAAGAGGGAUAAAGAUCAAAUUUAUGGUCACCCUUUAUUCCCACUGCUCGCUCUGGUUUUUGAGAAGUGUGAGUUGGCGACGUGUACUCCGAGGGAGCCCGGCGUAGCAGGCGGCGAUGUCUGCUCCUCAGACUCCUUUAAUGAGGACAUCGCAGUCUUUGCCAAACAGGUCCGAGCAGAAAAGCCUUUAUUUUCAUCAAAUCCAGAGUUGGACAAUUUGAUGAUACAAGCCAUACAAGUAUUACGGUUUCACCUCUUGGAAUUAGAAAAGGUGCAUGAGCUCUGCGAUAAUUUUUGCCACCGGUACAUCAGCUGUUUGAAAGGAAAAAUGCCAAUAGAUCUAGUUAUUGACGAGCGGGAUGGCAGCUCUAAAUCAGACCACGAAGAACUUUCGGGAUCGUCGACUAACCUCGCAGAUCACAACCCAGCUUCCUGGAGAGACCACGAUGACGCCACCUCCACACACUCGGCCGGCACACCGGGGCCCUCCAGCGGGGGUCACGCUUCACAGAGCGGUGACAACAGCAGCGAACAAGGCCUUCGUCUAAGGCUACUUAAACCCCCCUCUGCCUCCUUGUCUUCACUGCACAAGGCCAGCUUUGCUGCACCAAAUCUUUUGGCCUUAGUGAACGCCAACAUCAAUAUCUGUGGAGAUGGCUUAGACAACAGCGUUGCGUCGCCCGGCACGGGGGACGACGACGACCCAGACAAGGAUAAGAAGAGGCAGAAAAAGCGCGGCAUUUUCCCGAAGGUGGCCACGAACAUCAUGAGGGCGUGGCUUUUCCAGCAUCUCACGCACCCCUACCCCUCUGAAGAGCAGAAGAAGCAGCUAGCCCAAGACACAGGCCUCACCAUCUUACAAGUAAACAACUGGUUUAUUAACGCCAGGAGAAGAAUAGUACAGCCCAUGAUUGACCAGUCGAACCGAGCAGGUUUUCUUCUUGAUCCUUCAGUGAGUCAAGGAGCAGCGUACAGUCCAGAGGGCCAGCCGAUGGGCAGCUUCGUGCUGGAUGGUCAGCAGCACAUGGGGAUCCGACCAGCUGGGCCUAUGAGUGGAAUGGGGAUGAAUAUGGGCAUGGAUGGGCAAUGGCACUACAUGUAACCUCCAUCUUGUAACGCAAAGAAAAAGGGGGAAGUCUGCCAGUCAUGCCGGGGGAGUUUGUACCUCAGAGCAGUCCUAUGGGCAUGAGCAUGGCCCCACCCACGUACCCCAACCUUCAUCAGAUGCCUCCUCAUCACCGACCCCCUCUCCACCCCUACCUACCGGAUCACCCUCACCCUCAUCCCACCAUGCUGAUGCACGGAGGACCCUCGUUGCAUCCAGGAAUGACCACGUCUGCACAGAGACCCCCUUUUAUCCCAGUACUGGAGGACAAGGCCUGGACAUCCAUGCCCAAUAGUAAAGGGAACUUUGCUACCACCACAACAGCAGCGACAACAAGAAACACUUUGUUUUAAAAAAAAGGAAGCAGCCCACAUUAAAUCCUAUUUUGAGACUAUUUUUAAGAAGAAAAACAAACCCUUUUGACCAGAAUUUGACACUAAACAAACAGAAUUCCAGAUGAGCUGUGAUUCUUCUUCUUUUUUAAAAAAAGAAAAAAAAAACUUGUCAAUUUUGUUACUUUAAUCCAAACAGAGGACCAAGCUGACAAGAACACUUUGUAAAGUCUUGGGCUUUUUUUUUUCUAACAGCGGCUGUUUAAACGUGUGCACAGACUGGAUAGAUGCACACGCUCAAACACACAAACACACACACACACACACACACACACACACACACACACACACACACACACACACAUCACACUCGACAUCAUCAUAAACACUUUCAUGUGACACACUCUUUUAAAGUAAUAUCACUCUGGAAGACUGAAAAAAAGAAACACCAGAAAGACUCCAAGAGUUAUAACUACUGUAGUAUAAAAGUAUAGAUAAAUAAGUUAAAACUUGUGCUUUUUUUUAUUUUUUAUUUUAUUUUUGGGGGGGUCACACCUUUUAUGUUUCCUGAGCUAGUUUUAGAAUGAACCCUUCUCUCUCUCACACUGUGUGUGCUCCUUCCUGGAGGAAGAAACUGUCUCGCAGCACAGCACUAAAAAAAUAAAUAUUAAAAAGGAGAAAAAACAAUGAGAAUAUGGAACAUCUCAAAAAGGCUUCAAACCACAGAGGGGCAAUCAGGUCCUAUCCCCCCAAAAGAGCAGGGCACGAUGGGAAAAGGCUGCUAAAGGACAACCGAUUGCUCCAGAAGAUUCAGUUUGAACAUUUUUCACACCCCUCUACUUUUUUUUCAGUUCAUGAAUGAAUGUUUGCCCUGUAGGUUUGAAAGAAAAAAAUCUUUCUUUGACUUGCCCAAGCACUGGAUUGUGUUGGUUUUAUACAUUUUAAAUUUUUUUUCUUACCUUGGACUCUCAUUGGGUUAGAGCCGCCUGAAGGAAGCUCGACAGAUGAGAAGCAACAUCCUGCAGAGCUUCUUCACCUGCAGAUCAACACACUUGCCAUAAGGACAGAUACUGACACAAACGUUGAUUCUGCAGCGAUGGAGAAGCAUUUGAUGGUUGAUGCACCAAAAAAAAAAAAACUAAACAGAAAAAAAAACACUUAAAUUAUGAACUCAAUGCUUUUGGGAGAGAAAACGAAAAGCUGAGAGAAUAUUGUAACAAACUUCGUACAGAGUUCAGUCUAUUAAUUGUUUCAUGUUAGAUAUUCUAUGUGUUUACCUCAAUUGAAAAAGAAUGUUUUGCUAGUUUCAGAUCUGCUGUGGCAUUGAUAUUGUAUGUCCAUGAAUUCCUUCCUUUUUCAGCACGUGUUCCUCACUAGAUGAUAAGAUGCCGUCUCCCUUAAGCUUUGUCAAAAUUACAUUAAAUACGUGUAUGAGGACUGUGACGUAAUGUUUAAAAGGUGUUCAGUCACAAAUGCUGUAAUAAAUAUUUUCAUUUUGAUUUUUGUUA